CUAAAUUUCCCUCUCCCUCUCUCUCUUUCUCUCUCUCUCUAACUUUGCAAUGGCUCCAAUGAGUCUCCCACCUGGGUUUAGGUUCCACCCCACAGAUGAAGAGCUUGUUGCUUACUACUUGGAAAGGAAAAUAACUGGUCGCUCAAUAGAGCUUGACAUCAUCGCUGAAGUUGAUUUAUACAAGUGUGAACCUUGGGAUUUGCCAGAUAAAUCAUUCCUUCCAAGCAAGGACAUGGAGUGGUACUUUUACAGUCCUAGGGACAGGAAGUACCCAAAUGGGUCAAGAACUAACAGGGCAACACAAGCUGGAUACUGGAAAGCAACAGGGAAAGAUAGGCCAGUGCACUCUCAAAAGAAGCCAGUUGGCAUGAAGAAAACAUUGGUAUAUUACAAAGGUAGAGCACCACAUGGGAUUAGAACCAACUGGGUUAUGCAUGAAUAUCGUUUAAUUGAAUCAGUUCCUGGUGCUGCUCUCUCAUCUUUGAAGGAUUCAUAUUCGUUGUGUCGUAUUUUCAAGAAGACGAUUCAAAUUCCAGCUAAACCUAAAGAAGAAGAACAAGCCGAGGAUGCAAAGAAGCAAUCCAUGUGGAUCUCAGAAGAACAAGUGCUAGGCGAAGACUCAAGUGGCACUGAGAUUUCUAGAGAAAUGGAAACUGUUGAUGACAAAGUUCUCAAUCAUCAUGAACACCCUAAAUUUCCUUGUGACGCUUCUUCCUCUGAUCUCACUCAAGGAACGUGUACACCAACAGAUACCGGUAUAGCAGAAGAUUUUCAACCACAUUUCGCUUGUGAUGAAGCAAACAGUGCAGCUAAUUCAUACACAAUGGGAAUAGGAUACCCUCCAAGUCUGUUUCAGGAUGUAGAAAUACCUACCUAUGCUGGCAUGCAUUAUCAACUUCCAUACACACCUUUGGUGCUGGAAGAUUUCCCACAAAUAAAUUUACCAGAGACAAAAUCAACGAAGCCAGAAAUGACUGAUGAUUGCAUGUUAUAUGACAGAUACAAGGACUGUAUGAAUGGAACCCUAGAAGAGAUCAUCUCUUUGUGUUGCACACAAGAUAAUUCCGUCCCUUUUCCCAUGCUAGAAUGAUUAUACUAACAGAUCACUCAAACUAUAGCAUCAAAAUAUUCAUUGACACAGAGAAACUUGUGUUGGCUAAAUAACGACACAAACGGGGAUUGUUUUUUUCCAGCCACAUAGAAAAGGCUACACACAUAUAAUGUACUAAACAUAUAGUAGAAGAUGCUGAGCCAAGGGGGGCUCGCAUACAAUUCGUUUUCAUUUCCUUUUAAUAUUUUUUUUUUCUUUUUGUGUUCUUUCUUUUAUGGGGGUUCGAUUCCUUCUUUUAUAUGUUGGUGUUCAAAUCUCUUCUCCACUUCGGAAAGCAAAUGGAUGAGGCAAAUUUCCAAUUGUGAUGUUUUAUAUGCUUCAA